AGCUCAUUACAAGCAGCAGCGCACAGGUGUCAAAAUGGGCAAAGCAGCAGGACGCUGGGAUUUUGAAUGGGUGUAUAAUGAACAGCCGCACACGUGGAGAAGAAAAGAAAUAUUAGCUAAGUAUCCUGAAAUCAAGUCUUUGAUGGGUCAUGACCCGCAGCUGAAAUGGGUGGUGUCAGGAAUGGUACUUACUCAACUCCUGGCAUGCUACAUGGUCCACGAGCUCUCCUGGAAGUGGGUGUUGUUUUGGGCAUAUGCGUUUGGUGGUUGCAUCAACCACUCUUUGACCUUGGCAAUCCAUGACAUUUCUCACAAUGUGGCCUUUGGCACCAAAAGGGCACGCUGGAACCGCUGGUUCGCCAUGUUUGCCAAUCUCCCCAUUGGCCUGCCAUAUUCUGCAUCCUUCAAGAAGUACCACAUCGACCACCAUCGCUAUCUGGGUGGAGAUGGCUUGGAUGUGGAUAUUCCUACUGACCUCGAGGGCUGGUUCUUCUGCACUCCGGCCAGGAAGGUGCUCUGGUUGUUCCUCCAGCCUUUGUUCUAUGCGCUCCGGCCACUGAUCGUGAACCCAAAGCCUGUGACCAGGUUGGAGAUGCUGAAUGCAGCUGUGCAGUUUGUGGUAGACAUCAUCAUCUACUAUUUUUGGGGUCUGAAGCCUAUAGUCUAUCUCAUCUCUGGCUCCAUACUGUGCAUGGGCCUGCAUCCCAUCUCUGGACACUUCAUUGCUGAGCACUACAUGUUUACGAAAGGUCAUGAAACGUACUCUUAUUAUGGCCCACUCAACUUAAUAACCUUCAACGUGGGAUACCAUAUGGAGCAUCACGACUUUCCCAGCAUUCCUGGAAGCAAAUUACCUGAGGUGAAGAGGAUUGCAGCAGAGUACUAUGACUCACUCCCUCAACACACGUCCUGGAUGCGAGUGCUCUGGGACUUUGUAUUCGAUGACUCCAUCGGCCCCUACGCCCGAAUUAAGAGACAAUACACACUUGGCAAAAAGGAAUAAAGUGGGUGUAAGACUACUGAUCUAACCAAACACGCUACUGGGCAUUUACACAAUAUAUUACAUCUGCAAAUUAGACAUAAAUGCUAUUUGCUGGAUAUUAGUUGAAAUGGGACUAAAUAUACAUUCACAGUCACUGCAUUUCAUCUCGCCGAAACAUCCUUACAAUAUCCAAAGAAUAACUUCACGCUACCAUGUUACAGUACCAGAUUCCUUGUUUGGCUGUAUUAAAGCACUACUUAAAAUAUGUGCAUACACAUUCAUUUUUAAAACGUCGAACUUGAUGUGCAUCUUAUGAUCUACAUGUACGAGGCCAAUGCAGUUUUUGUGUGCAUCCCUCUGUUCUCUCAAUUAUCGCGUCCCAUGAAAAGAAGAGCUGAGAUGAAAUGGACUUCACAAAAUGCCUUUUUAUCAGUGAGGCCUUUUCGAAAACUGAAUAUUUAAUUUUGUGUGACUAGAAGGUUCAUAAUGUACGUUCUGUCGUUUGCACUGUGAUAGUUUAACACUGAACAUCAUUGAGAUGAUGUUGUGGAAUAUAUUUGUUCAGCUUAACUGUAUUUCAAUAAAUCUCUUUAUCUUACAGCCUCAA